GCUUCGUUCCGUGCUGCCUCGUCUGGGGUCUGUACAUCCAUCCACCUUCAUGCUCGCUGCCUCCCACCAAAUCCCAAACCCUAGCCGGCGAGCAAGCCCUCCAGAUCUGUAGCUUGCGUCCCUCCACCCCGGCCACCGGCUGCCAUGCGGAUCCGCAGGUGCGCCUCCCGCCUGCUUGGCUCCGCCGCAGCCGCACCCGCCAUCAGCUGCUCCUCCGCUGAGCCGCCGCGAUUCGAGCUGCCCCCGCUCGCGCCGCCGGCCCCGGCCCACGAAUCCCGGCCCGGCUUCGUGGCGCCCGAGGCCUCCUCCUGCGGGGAGCCCUGCUGCGAGCUCAGCCGGUCGCCGUGGGACCUCAUGGACCAGCUCGACCUCUCGGAUCCCCAGGUGGAGAAGCUGUUCGAGGAGACUCACUUCCGAAGGAGACCAGCUUUUCUACUCUCGGGUGUAGGUACACCCGAGUUUGAAAAAAAAAACAUGAUCAAACAAUGUCAAAAAAAUCUGCAGUUUGGGGACAUGAAACUUCAUCAAAUGUUCAAGCUUUUUGCAAGAAUUCAGCGGAAAAAAACAUCAGAGGAGCUCUCGGCAAAAAAAAAACAAAAUCAAUGUUCUAAGUUUGCGCACUCUCCUUGGAUGUUGUUUUUAGCUGAAACUUUGCAAAAAGUUCAAACACUUGAUGAAGCUUGUUGUCUCAAGGAUUUCAGAUUUUUUGGACCUUGUUUUAUCACAUUUUUCAAAGUUUUGCAAACUCGGGUGUACCUACACCUGAGAGUAGCCACAACUUUCCCCUUCCGAAGUGUCACCUGGCGAUCUAGCUGGCUAUUCCUACCCAGCAUGCCUGCAUUCGGCUCUAUCAAGGAGGACCAGGCGCAGGAGGACAUGUCCGAUGAGGUUGAACUGCACAUUGCUGCAAAAAAGACAGCCAGAGAGAAGAAUGAGCGCAAGCUGAAGAAAAAUAAGGGGGUGAAACUGAAGAAAGGAGUCUGGACGUGCAGGAAGAACGACGGCAAGGGUUGGUUCUGCCGGCGGCUCACGAGAGAGCCCAACUCAUACUGCUCGUACCACUCGGAUCAGAAGCUGAAGCCCCCCGGCAGCGAGAAGCCACAUAGGAAGAGAGCCCCGGUCAACGUCGGCGAGGAGUUCUACUACUAUGCGGGGUUCGGCCCCGGCACCAAGAGGUGCCGCACGUCAAGCAGCGACAGCGUGCCGGAACCUCCACUGCCUGCUGAACCACUGAAGGAGGAGGCACCGUCCGAAAUGCAACUUGAUUUUAGUGCAGGCCAGGCACAAGCGAACAAAUCAGACCAUCAAGCGGUGCUCCCACCAUCAGCACAUGUCGCCGACGAGCCUACUCUCAACGAUGGCACUGCUAGGAUCCGCAGUGAUGGUGACGUGCCGGAACCUCCACUGCCUGCUGAACCACCGGAAGAGGAGACGUUGAAAGAGGAAGCACCACCCGAAAUGCAACUUAAUUUCAGUGCAGGUCAGGCACAAGCUGAUGGCUCAGACUAUCAAGCAGCGCUAGUAUCAGUAAGUGUAGUCAACAAGCCUACGCGCAACAACGGCACCGCUUGCAUCGCGGGCUGGGAUGAGGAGAGCAGCAACGACGACAUGCUUGGCCGCAAUGGCGAACAACCCCGCGACAUCACCAAGAGGAAGAGCCCGUUGAAGAAGAGGUGGAGAAAGCCUGUGAAAGCCCGGUCGCUCAAGUCACUAAUGUUGUAGUGCCUGGGUCUCGCUGGCUUCGGAUUACCUAGCUGGGCUCCAUCGGCGGUUUAUUAUAGUUUGCUCAGCCUAGUCUUCUCCUGUUUUGGUGCGGAGUUACCGUACAAUGUACAAACUGUCUGAAUUUUUUGGUGUGCUGUUUUAACUGUCAGUGCAUCGCUGGCUGAUGUAAGAACUGCAUAAACUGGU